GCACAGCUAUUGGCUGCCGCCCCAGACUCCCGGCAUCCUCCGCGUGUAAACAGGAAUGGCGGAGGAAGAGGGAGAAGAGGAUCUGAUCAACAACCACAACAUGGGGAACCAACUGCAGCUCAUCCCAGAGAGUGAGGAGGACGAUGACAUGGAGAUGGAGGAUCCUGACGGAGGAGAUUCGGAAGCUCCCACCAUUAUUAACUUUGACACCAGCCUGCCGACGUCCCAUGCCUACCUGGGGAUGGACAUGGAGGAGUUCCACGGGCGGACGGUACACGAUGAGGACAGCUGUCAGCAGAUCCCCGUUUUGCCGCACUUACAAGUGAUGCUGAUCCCGGGUCAGACUCUGCCGCUGCACCUCUCCCGGCCACAAGAGGUCAGUAUGGUGCGCGGCCUCAUCCAGAGGGACAGAACAUUCGCUGUGCUGGCCUACAGUGACAGCCUUCAGAGAGAAGCGCACUUCGGAACCACCGCCGAGAUCUACGCCUACCGCGAGGAGCAGGAAUACGGGAUCGAGACGGUGAAGGUGAAAGCCGUUGGAAGGCAGAGAUUUCAGGUUCUGGAGAUGAGGACCCAGGCUGAUGGGAUUCAGGUGGCCCGGGUACAGAUCCUGCCGGAGAGGGUCCUUCCCUGUCCAAUGAUAUCAAUCCAGCUGGAUUCCCAGAACCGCCAUCAGGUGGUGCCAUCGAGUAAAGCAGCCGGUGGGCGGGGCCCGCAGAGCAGCUGCCAUUGGCUGCACAAAUACCGCAGGAGAAAGUUCUACGGUGCCAAUCUCACCUCCUGGCCUUGCUGGCUCUACGCUUUGUAUGACGCGGACUCUCUGAUGGAACGAGUGAAGCUGCAGCUGCAUGAAUGGGAUGAGAAUCUGCGAGACGACUCCUUACCUGCUAAUCCAAUAGAUUUCUCUUACCGGGUGGCGGCCUGUCUGCCCAUCGAUGACACCCUGCGUAUCCAGCUGCUGCAGAUCGGAAACGCCAUCCAACGCCUGCGCUGUGAGCUGGACAUCAUGAGCAAAUGCACGUCCCUCUGCUGUAAGCGUUGUCACGACACGGAGAUCACAACCAAGAACGAGAUCUUCAGCCUGUCGCUGUGCGGCCCGAUGGCGGCCUACGUGAAUCCUCACGGCUACGUUCAUGAAACGCUGACCGUCUACAAAGCCCUGAACCUGAGCCUGGUGGGGCGAGCGUCUACAGAGAACAGCUGGUUCCCGGGGUACGCUUGGACGAUCGCUCAGUGCCGGGUGUGCCAGAGUCACAUGGGCUGGAAGUUCACGGCGGUCCGGAAGGAUCUCUCCCCGCAGAGGUUUUGGGGACUGACGCGUUCCGCUCUGCAGCCACGAAUCCCAGUGCCAGAAGACGAGGAGUCCGGACAGGACCAGUCCCCGAUCCUCUGUCUGUGAAUCCAGGAACAUUUCCACAUCCCCCGCUUUGUCUUCUCCUGGCUCCGCCCCCUGAAUACUCUGCAGGGGGGAAAUCACCGACACGGCCCAUCCCCCGCAUGUUACACCAAAUCUGAGGAAGUCCUGUCCUUCCGGAAGUCUCUAAGGAUGGAAGACGUUCCCAGCCAUCAAUCCAGAUGGACAUGAAGGAAAGCCCCGUGUGCUUCUACAUUCCCCCCCCCCUUAUAGCCGCUUCCAUCGCACACUUCUCUCACUGUUCUGGUGCCUCCGCUGUACACACCUCCCCUCCCGGGAUGUCCCACCCAGAGGACAUCUUACCCCCCCCCCCCCUCGUAUGCCUCAACCUCCCCAAUCCGUCGCAGAAAAAUCCUUUUAGUUUUCUCUUUGGCUUUGUGUACAUUUGUGUUCCGGGUUCCCCGACCUCCUCGUAGAUCUAGAACCCGGGAACGUGUCCGGCCUGCACCACCUCAGAAGGUAUGUCAGGGAUAGAAAGCCGGCCGCACUCCAGCAAAGUUCAAAUGCCGGCAACUUUAUUAAUUUAGACAGAAAAAGCAGAGCCCUCACCUCAGACCUCCUGCUUAACGCGUUUCACUUACAAAGGUGGGAUUAACCAUAGAGGUCCUUUGUAUGGCACUGCAAACUCUCCCAGCUGGACCUUCUUCACACACGUGCCGAAGAAAAGGCCGUUCUGAAGGAGAGGCCCGUCUUAUAGGCUUCCUGACUAUAGACAGUCUCCCCAUAAGGAUGAUUCUCCAUGCGUGUGCAAUACGAGGGAUGGACUGGCUGGUGGUUUGCAGAAGUGGCUUUGGCCCAUGGCCCUGGGGAAACUGGGACCAUAGCCCUGAACCUGAGGUCCUCCAAC